GCGCUGCGCGUUGUUGCAGAGUCACUGCGACUGGUUCGACUGUAAACAAGGGUGAGGAGAAAGAAGAGUCGCCAUUUAAGCUAGGCCUUCAGCGGCUCUGAUCUCUGUCGUUUUUAAUAACUCUCAGUCUUUCGUGAGUGAUUUCGUGAUAAGAGUCUAAACAUACAUGCGAAGUGUUUUAAAUAAACACGCAGGUUGUUGUGUUUUCGCGGAGACAAGUCGCACAGAGCUAGCUCUUCAAGCUAGCGACAGUCAGUACGUUAGCUUGUGUUAGCCGUAGCUAGCCUCGCUGGCUAAUCAACGUCCGAGGGCCUGUUGCGAGGGAAACACCUUUUAUGCCCUGGGUAUAUCUCUCUCUCUACUGUGACCAGGAUAUCCUGAACCCUGGGUGGCUGGUCAGAGCAGCCUCCUCCCACCAUGGAGGCAGGAGGGAAGGACUGUGAGGAGGAAACACUGCAGACGGCGUUUAAGAAGCUGAGGGUUGAUGCUGAGAGUUUACCCGGAGCUGUGAGUGUCUCGGAGGCGUUGGCUCCCAGAGUGCCAUCCCGUGCUUGUCUUGACACCAGCGGAGUGAAGCCCAAACUCAGCUGCCCGAAGGACAACUGGCAUGGCUGCAUGAGGAAAACUUCUAGAGGAGCAUCCAGAACCCAGCGGCGUCGGAGGUCCAAGUCCCCCAUCCUCCACCCCCCGAAGUUCACCUACUGCAGCACCACUGCAGCGUCAGCACUGUCGACCUCUAAUGGCUGCCUGAAGCACCAGCGCCUGGCAGUGCCUGAGCCUGUGGAGCCUCGUCCCGCAGUCGAUGGGAGAACAACCUCCUCUGUCGCUGUCCCGGCCCAGAAAGAGCUCUCUUCCUCAGCCGCUCCCAGCCACAACUCCCCUCUGGUGUUUGGAUCUUGUGCUGGGUAUGAGACGCACGUUGGAGCUGUGGUUUCCCCGCCAUCCUUACAGGAGAUCCCCUCCAUUGUUACUACUGUUGUGACAUCAUCCGGGCAGGACGGAGGAAGCUCUGCAGAGUCAUGCAAGGAGAGUGACCCAGAGAAAAGUGCCUGUGAGGGAGCAGAGUCUGGAGCAGGAGCAGCUCGAGUAUCCAUACCUGCAGAAGCUGCUGACUUCAGAGCGUUAUCAGAGCUCCACGGCAGCACCUCCGCAGAAGGCCCCCACGUUCCCUGCUCCUGUGCCUGGAAGAGUAGUUCGGAUUCCCAGGAGGAGAGCAGGCAGGGGGCUGAAUCUGAGUGCCAGUGUCAGGGCUGGCAGGGCGUGGAGGUGUACUCCUUCACAGGGCUCCGCAACGUCAUGUCAGAGUGCGAGAGGAGCCUGCCGAGCCGCGGGGACGCCCCCAGAACUCUCAGCACCAACAGUAAUGCUGCCACAGCUUCGUCACCUUCAUCAUCGUCGCCAGCGUUGUCGUCGGGCUCCCCUCGCUCCUGUUCGGAGCAGGCGCGGGCCUACGUCGACGACAUCACAAUAGAGGACCUUUCUGGCUACAUGGAGUAUUAUCUCUACAUCCCCAAGAAGAUGUCACACAUGGCUGAGAUGAUGUACACUUAAAAUGAUUAAAAAAAAGAAGCUAUUAUUAUUAUUAUAAUAUCAUAAGGAAAUCAUAAAGUAAAGAGGUUUUUUUCUGUUGUUGAGGGAAAAGGUGGCCUUGAAGGAAUGUCAGUAGUGGGUAGAAGAAUGGAUCAGGCAUGACAGUUGUAAUUUAAAUAAACAACGUUAAUUGAUUUUAACCCAGGAUGAAAUGUCUCCAUUGUCCCCUGCCCUCUGUUUGAGCCCCGCCCCUUUUUAUUAAAACUGACAGAAACAAACAAACACCUGUUUCUCAUUAGUUCUGUUUGUGCUACAUUUGAUUCUAAUUUCAGUUUACAGAUGAAGUUGCCAAAGCUCUUGGUGCAGGGUCUUGCAGACUUGUGAUGCCAAGUGUUUGUGGUGUUGUGACACGUCUGGAUUUCAUUUCACUCAAUAAAGAAACAAACAGUUUUUGUCUGAAAA